AUGAACAACCUCAAGCUAGGGGUGGAUGUGGUUAGCGCCCACAAUCUUUUGCCUAAAGAUGGGCAAGGUUCAUCUGAUGCAUUUGUGGAGCUGUAUUUUGAUGGCCAGAGGUUCCGCAGCACUAUAAAAGAAAAGGAUCUCAACCCCGUUUGGAAUGAAAGUUUCUACUUCAACAUUGCUGAUCCUUCAAACCUACACUAUCUUACUCUUGAGGCCUAUGUCUACAACAAUGUGAAAGCUACUCACUCCAGGUCCUUUCUUGGAAAGAUCAGUGUCACUGGGAAUUCAUUUGUCCCCUAUUCUGAUGCUGUUGUCUUGCAUUACCCUCUGGAAAAGCGUGGCAUCUUCUCACGUGUAAGAGGAGAGCUCGGCUUGAAGGUUUAUGUUACUGAUGACCCAACAAUUAAGUCCUCCACUCCAAUGCCGGCUUCUGAAUCCCUUACUGAUCAGGAUCCAGGCCUUGCACAGACCCAAGGAGUUUCAGCUCCUGGCAUGAGCUCAUUUCGGAGUGAGAAAUCUCAGGCAAGACACACCUUUCAUCAUCUGCCAAAUCCAGGUCAAGAGAGCCAACAUCAGCAUCAUGCUUCUGCUGCCCCAGAUACUCAUUAUGUACCUAAGCAUGAAGCUGAUCAAAUGAAAUCUGAACAGCAGCCUGCAAAGCUAGUCCGCAUGUACUCUGCUUCAGCAUCACAACCUGUUGACUAUGCACUUAAAGAGACAAGCCCUUACCUUGGAGGUGGGAGGGUUGUUGGUGGACGUGUUAUUCAUGGAGACAAGACUGCAAGCACCUAUGAUCUAGUCGAGAGGAUGUACUUUCUCUAUGUAAGGGUUGUUAAAGCGCGCGAGCUUCCUGCCAUGGAUGUUACAGGAAGUCUUGAUCCUUUUGUUGAAGCGAGAAUUGGAAACUACAGAGGGAUUACAAAACACUAUGAGAAACAGCAAAAUCCAGUAUGGAAUCAGGUUUUUGCUUUUUCAAAAGAUCGCAUGCAAGCAUCUGUGUUAGAAGUUGUGGUUAAAGACAAGGACCUGCUUAAAGAUGACUUUGUGGGAAUUGUGAGGUUUGACAUCAAUGAGGUUCCAUUAAGAGUUCCACCUGACAGUCCUCUAGCUCCAGAGUGGUACCGACUUGCGGACAAAAAAGGUGAAAAGAUUAAAGGGGAGUUGAUGCUUGCAGUCUGGAUUGGCACUCAAGCUGAUGAGGCUUUUUCUGAUGCAUGGCACUCUGAUGCUGCUACACCUGUUGAUAGCUCACCAGCUGCAUCUGCAGUGAUUCGCUCAAAGGUGUAUCAUGCACCAAGGCUGUGGUAUGUUCGUGUGAAUGUGAUAGAGGCACAAGACCUCUUUGCAACAGAGAAGAAUCGUUUCCCAGAUGCAUAUGUCAAGGUACAGAUUGGAAACCAGGUUAUGAAGACAAAAACACUUCAGGCUCGAAAUUUAAACCCACUUUGGAAUGAAGACCUUUUGUUUGUGGCUUCUGAGCCCUUUGAAGACCAUCUGGUCAUUUCAGUUGAGGACCGUGUUGGCCCUGGCAAGGAUGAAAUCCUUGGGAGGGUUAUAUUACCACUCAACUCUGUAGAUAGGCGAGCUGAUGAUCGUAUGAUCCAUUCCAGAUGGUUCAAUCUUGAAAAGCCAGUUGCUGUGGAUGUGGAUCAGUUGAAGAAAGAGAAGUUCUCAAGCCGCAUUCAUCUUCGUGUUUGUCUUGAUGGAGGAUACCAUGUUCUAGAUGAGUCGACUCAUUAUAGUAGUGACUUACGCCCCACAGCAAAACAGCUUUGGAGGCCAGCCAUUGGAGUUUUAGAGCUUGGAAUCUUGAAUGCUGUGGGGCUGCAUCCGAUGAAAACAAGAGAUGGAAGGGGCACUUCAGAUACUUACUGUGUAGCAAAAUAUGGCCAUAAAUGGGUCAGGACAAGAACCCUUGUCGAUAAUCUGUGUCCGAAAUAUAAUGAGCAGUACACUUGGGAGGUGUUUGAUCCUUCUACAGUUCUUACAGUAGGUGUGUUUGACAACAGCCAGCUUGGGGAUAAGGAUUCCAAUGGCCACAAAGACUUGAAAAUUGGAAAGGUUCGUAUUCGUAUCUCAACACUUGAAGCAGGCCGCAUAUACACACACUCGUAUCCGCUGCUAGUUCUUCACCCAGCUGGUGUCAAGAAGAUGGGAGAGUUGCAUUUGGCUAUUCGGUUUUCAUGCACAUCUUUUGUGAACAUGCUUUACACAUACUCAAAACCACUGCUACCAAAGAUGCACUACGUAAGGCCCUUCAAUGUAAUGCAGCUUGACAUGCUACGUCACCAGGCUGUGAACAUAGUUGCAGCAAGGCUAGGGCGAGCUGAGCCACCACUUAGGAAGGAGGUGGUGGAAUACAUGUCUGAUGUGGACUCACAUCUUUGGAGCAUGAGACGGAGCAAAGCGAAUUUUUUCAGGCUUAUGACAGUUUUCUCAGGAGUAUUUGCUAUAGGCAAAUGGUUUACUGACAUUUGCAUGUGGAAGAAUCCCAUAACCACUGUGCUUGUCCAUGUCCUCUUCCUUAUGCUUGUUUUCUUUCCGGAACUGAUUCUACCCACAGCUUUUCUGUACAUGUUUCUGAUUGGGGUAUGGAACUUCAGAUACCGGCCUAGAUAUCCUCCUCACAUGAACACAAAGAUCUCACAAGCUGAUCUAGUACACCCUGAUGAGCUAGAUGAGGAGUUCGACACAUUUCCCACUAGCAGGAAUCCUGAGCUGGUGAGAAUGAGGUAUGAUCGUCUGAGAAGUGUGGCUGGUAGAAUUCAGACAGUGGUUGGUGAUGUAGCAACACAAGGUGAGCGGCUUCAGGCACUUUUGAGUUGGCGUGACCCGCGGGCUACAGCACUCUUUGUCACAUUUUGCCUCAUAGCUGCCUUGGUGAUGUAUGUGACACCAUUCCAGGUGGUGGCAGCAUUGGCAGGGUUCUUUAUGAUGAGGCAUCCGCGGUUUCGACACAGGAUGCCCUCAGCACCCAUCAACUUCUUCCGCAGGUUGCCUGCUAGAACUGAUAGUAUGUUGUAAGUUUGAUUCUAGAUGUUUAUGGCUUCUGGUAUGAUCUAGUAAGUUUAAUUCAGUCCUAAACUAUGAGUCUGAUCUUGUUGACA